UGCUUACAAUAUUGUAAAUAGACUUUACCUUUUCCACUGCGCCUCCUCCAUUUUUCAACCACUAAUAAAAACCACGCAUUCCUUUGCCAAACGCAGACUCCUUCAUCAAUUGCAGCACUUCUUCAUCAACAUGACACGGUCAACGAUUUCACCGUCUCCGAUCUUCAUCUCCUUCACGCUCCUGUUCAUCACUUUUGCGUGCGCCACAUCGUCGUUGAACGCAAUCGAGAACUUCAAACCGAAAGGUUCCGACGGAUUCACGGUUCCAAGCCAUGUAGAGGAACAGGGAGAAGAAUCGGUAAAAGAGUAUUUGGAUAGCGUAUUCAAAAACGCACUCUUCGGAAGCGAUUCUACUGAAACGGUGCAGAAUAAGGAAGCAUAUCCACAUAGCUAUGCCAUCGAAGCAGAGAGCAAUACACAGAUUAAGGAGGAGGUGGAUGCAGAACCUAGGCUGAUAAUUCCGAAACACAUAGAAGACGAGGGACCAGAAGCGAUCAAAAAAUAUUUGGAUGACUUAUUCAGCAAAGCACUCUUUGGCACUGAUUCAACUCAAACAGGGCAAAAUCAGGAACCGCAUCAACAUAGCAAUUCCAUUCAACUUGACAGCAAAACACACAUUAAGCAAGAAGACGGUAAGAAGAUGGAGGACGAAGAUAAAUUAUUUAAUAAAGUGUGUAAAUUGAGAAAGGAAGAAGAAUUGGUAAAUGAUGAUAUUGCAGUGAAUGUUAACCUUGAGAUAGUGGGUGAUGGAGAGUAUGUUCUUGAGAUUAAGAGGGUGAAUCGAAGUUCAAAGAAUGAGGAUGAAGUAGAAAGGGCUAAGCAUUUGGCUCAAAAUGGAGCAAUGUUGUUACAUUACGGAGAGAUUCUUCAAGACAUGGGAGAAAAAUUGAUUACCCAAUCCCAGGCAUUGCUUUACUCUGUUUUUAAUAUGUCUGCACCUCCUAAAUUCAACUCUCAUGAUCAAUCAUAGAAAUUGUGUACACCUUCACUUUGUUAUUUUUAAUGCUAACUAUAAGGACACUACGAAUUUAGUAGC